UUUGUAUGUUUUCGUUGGACCAUUUUUUACAAGUUCGUUCAGUUUAUCUCCAAUCUUUUCCAUCAGUUUAUUUUGUGAACACAAUCGUCAAGUAGAUUACGGUAAAGGGGUUCAUUUUCCGGUCUUUUCUUUUUUCAGUCUACAAAUCUAACCAGCAACCAAAUCAAUGAGACCAUUUUUACCCUUCCUGUUUUCAUUGUCGCGAUAAUUCGUUGCCUUGGGGACCCCAAUUUUUCCUUCUUUUUAUUAGUUCCCGUCUGUCUGCUAACGCCUUUCCAAUAUUAUUGUGCGACAACGAGAAAAUUGGUCAUUGUUCCCCGAAGUAUCAUUUCUUUUUAUUAAAAACAUUUAUCUGAUUCCAUUAUCAUCGCUCAUCAUUAUCAGCUUUUUCGCUUGCUAUGACUAAAAGCCUUAAUGGAUCUCAUCUGUUAACGAAAUAAGUGCUAUGAUUUCAUCGCACAAUUGAACCUUUGUGUUAUUUUCAUAUUCUAGAAAUUAAUCAUUAUUCUUAUUAAGAAUCAACCAUCUAAUUCAUUAUCUGAGAGAAUUGAGAACGCCUCUGCAUUAAAUCAUGACCUUCUUUGCUUCAGUUUUCUUCAUAUCUAGCUUAGGACAAUGAAAUGUGUUUAUAUAAUAGAUAGAUUCAUAGCCAUAUUGGUUUCGUAGUAUUGUUAUUGUCCAAUCUUCAAACCCUUAGCCUUAAAAGGGUAGUUAUAAUUUCAUUAUAAUGCACUUUUUAUUCAGCAACCCUAACAACAACGGCAUAAUACUUCCGAAUUGGUAGCCUUACCCAAAAUUUUUCUGUCCUUCAUAAUUACCCAUUUGCAGUGUUCUGACAUAUUGAUUUGAAAGGUAGCAUUGAAGUUUCUCAAAACGCCGUGGGGGCAUUGAAUUUUUGAUGUUACUUGCGCUGAAGUGUCCUUAAUACUGAGACUGAAAUUUACGCUGUUAUACUUUCAACAUUUUGAUUAUUUCCACAAUGAAACAAGUUUUCUAAAUUUCAUUGCCGAAAUUAUCCUACAAAAAUCUCAAUUAGUAGCGGUCAUAGUCGUUGAGAAAAACAACAAAAUUGUUGCGAUAUUAGUUUAUUAUAUAGGCAUAUGAUUAUAUAUUGCGUGAUUUUGGAUUUGGCCAAUGCAUCAAUCCUAGCAACGCUGUUUGAACGCCAGUACUUUGCUCACUGUUGUUCUGGUUUGACCCUAUGACAUUGAACUCGACACACCGACUCAAGAGUGUUUCAGGGUCGACAAACUUAUCUUCCGAAAUUCACCUUUCUCUGAUCCAUUGUGACUUUAUAUUGAUUUAAAACAUUAGCGCAUUUAUCAAAGUUGACAUAGUUUAUUUCAUCUAUAUCAGUUAGAACAUUAAUACCUGCAGCGCAAACUUGGUUAACUAUCGUUGAACUUCGGUUGGAUACUUUUUCUUUUCUUGGAGUUUUUCAAAAUCAGACGAAAAAUGGCAGCCAUAGAGAACUUUGCAAAGAAGUUCAAAAGACGUCUUUCCUUCACCUUUCACUCCAAAGAUGACCCCAAUUUGAGUUCUAUAGCUGAAAACUGGACCAUAAGCGAACCAGAUGGAUCCUGCUAUUCCAUGAAUACAACAUAUGACCCCCCGAGCAGGACGGGCGGCGCAGAACAGUGGAAUGAGAAUGGACUCAAGUGUGAUAAGAGGGCGGAGUUUUACGGGAGGCAAAGCUCGAACAGUUUCCAUGGAACCAUUGAGGAAACGAUCACUGAAGAUUCGAACGGUGCUCUGAAAGCAAGCAAAAGUUGCUACAACGGAUCUUCUCAAAACUACAAUACUAGACAUAGCACACCUUCAAAGUCACGCUCGGCGACCCAAUUUGAGCCCCAAAUAGACCUUGGCAGACUUGCAAGCUCAGAUCAGCAAACUGUCAAAACAAACAAAAAUAGCCUCAUUUCAGAACAGAUCGCGACUGCUAACCAACAUCAUAAAUUACAAAAACAGACAGAAAACAAUAGAAUAAUAGUGACUAAUGUCAUAGCCGCGCCGAAUAAACUGGAACUAAGAAAUGGACAUCAAUCACCGAGUGUGCGAGUCACUUUCGUAGACUCACCACUAGAGAAUUCAGGUGGUUCAAACGACAGUCGGCACUCAAGUUCGGCCGCUUCGUCUGGCUACGGAUCCAGCGAGGGUUGCGGACCGGGCUCGAACUCAAACCCAAUUGGUAGCAACACAAUGGUAGCAAGUUCAAGUGUUGAUCCACAAGACCAAACCAUAGCCCAAUCGGAAUUGCCAGCUGCAGCGGAGAUGAGGGAUUGCAUACCGACUGCUCGGCUCUCGGCGCUCAGAAUCGUGGAUAUCUCGGACCCCUCGACUCCACCGGGAGGUAGUUCGAACUCAAUUGAGCAGAAAUAUUCCCCAGUGAGACUCAGGAACAAUAAAGGAAGCGCUAACCUACUCAGAGAACAUUCGGAUAACGGAAAUUUGCUUGCUCUACCACCGGAUCUGAAUCUGAACAAGCGUCUGUCACUUCCGGCCACGAUGCAGUUGAGUCCCGAAGUGGUGAAGCAGAUGUCCCGCAACACGAACCUGUUCUCCAACCAGCCCAUCAGUCGCCAGUCCAGAAGGGAAUCGCUCCAUGAACUGGGCUUCGGCAGAAUCACCUCCUACGAGAAGUUGGAGAAGCUAGGCGAGGGUACGUAUGCCUCCGUGUUCAAAGGCAGAUCUCUGUUGACGGAGAAUCUAGUGGCCCUGAAAGAGAUCCGACUGGAACACGAGGAGGGAGCUCCCUGUACCGCCAUCAGAGAAGUGUCGCUGCUAAAGAAUCUGAAGCACGCCAACAUAGUCACUCUGCAUGACAUAAUUCACACGGGCGAAGUGCUCACUCUGGUCUUCGAGUAUGUGGACCGUGAUCUGAAGCAGUACAUGGACCAGUGCAAAAACAUCAUCAGUCCUGACAACAUUCGGCUUUUUCUAGUGCAAUUUCUUCGAGGUCUUUCCUUCUGUCACCAACGGCGUAUUCUCCAUCGAGACUUGAAGCCGCAGAACCUCCUCAUAAACGACAGGGGAGAACUGAAGCUGGCAGACUUUGGACUAGCCAGAGCGAAGAGUGUACCCACGAAGACAUACAGCAACGAAGUGGUCACUUUAUGGUACAGACCACCAGAUGUGCUAUUGGGCUCAACUCAUUAUGACUCGUCCAUCGAUAUGUGGGGUGUUGGUUGUAUCCUGUACGAAAUGUGCACUGGUCGGCCUCUCUUCGCCGGAAACAGUGGCAAGGAACAGUUAGAGCUCAUCUUUGAGAGAAUGGGUGUACCUUCACCUGAUGCAGUGGAAGAAUUGCUCUGUAGAGGCGCAGGUGGUGCAUCCUCCGCAGCAGUGACGUCACAGACACAAUUGGAGGAAAUGAGAGCGUCUCUGGAUGUUAGUCUCUACAAGUCCAAACAUGCAAAAACAGGGACUGCAAUCGACAGUGUUUCGUCGCCCGCACUAGAGUUGCGUCAUCAUCUUCCAAGAUUGGACUCGAGUGGCUUCUCCCUCUUCCUCGAGUUCCUCAACCAUAACCCCAAGCAACGCAUAUCCGCCUCACAGGCCCUCAUGAGUCCCUACUUCGCCUGCUAUGGGGGCCACCCUGCAAUCAACGCCCUCCGCAAAGACCAGAGCAUAUUCGCACUGGGACCCCGAGUGGUGUUCAAGCGAGAUGCGGGCGUCAAGAACUGUCACUCUGUCAACCAAUUUCAACCCAAGUCACGUAAACUGAGCCUGCAGCAAUGUUAAACAGUGAGUCUAGAGUGACCUUGAUGGACCUUAUAAGACCGACAGACACGAGAAGUCCAAUUUCGAGUACCCAUGUGACCCCUUUAAAGUCAGCUCAUGAUUACUCAAGAAUUCGCAGUCUCGACAGUUUUGGACUUAUAAGUGACCCGCUCAUGAAAGAAAACUGAGCUGCAUGCCCAGAAUAUAUGAAAGAACAACGGAAGUAUUAAGAUUCAUUUGUCUCGAGGUCUUCCGGAAUUCAAACCCUUUUAUGGAACUUAUUGGUGCUAAUUUUGAUUCGUCCCCGUACACUAGAAAUCCAUGAAGAUUUAAUGACAAAUUGUGGGUUCAAAUAUUUAUGUUUUCAUUCGAAAACGGCAAAGAGGGAAGGUUCUUAGUCUUUCAUAAUGAGAUGUUCUCAUUUCUGAAAAAAAAAGUUCUGUAAAGUAUGCUUGCUACUUGAUGUAUUGGCCCAGUGUUUUAUAGAGAUUACUUGAUUAGAUGUCUAUUAGAUUACAAAUUGUUGCCGUUAAAGUUAUAGAAAUUUUGAGCUGGUUGCAUCAGAACCCACAGUGUAUUUAAAUUAGCACUUCAACUUGUUAUUUAAUGCCGUUGGGAGUUUGUAAAAUUAUUUAAUUAAAUCCUAGUUGAUUA